UUUUCAUUAAUUUAAUUUCCUUUUCCCCAAAUUUCUCUCUCUCUCUCUCUAACCGUUUUCGAUUCCACCAACAUUGCGCUCGCUCUCCAUCGUCAUUCGUCACCGCCGUCGCCGAUUGCUCUCCGUUGUCACCGCCGUCGCCGAUUACUCUCCGUUGUCGCCGUUGUCGUCUCUCAUCUCACCACCGUUGUGAAUCGUGCACCACCGUUGUGGCUCAUCUCACCGGAUUUAAAAGUGUUCUCGAUCUAAUCUAGCUUUCGAUCUACACUGUAUCAUCAUCAAGCUCUCAAAUCUCACAUUGACGUUCUCAUUCUUCCUUUCUCCAUAGCUUUCGUGGUAAAUCUCACUGGUAUUGACGUUCUCAUUCUUCCUUUCUCGUACUUUUGAUUCACAAAAUUGGAUAAAUUUGCCCAAUUCUGAACCCUAAUUUCAGAUUAUCAUUUUUAACUUGAUACUUUUCUUUGAUUGAACAUGUUUUUGGUACUUUCUUAGCUUGAACUCUUUUAAUUUUCGGAUUUCUAUUUCCAAUUUGCUUAAUAUCGUGCUUUUUUAUUCCAUUCAGGUUUGGGAAAUUGUCAGUAUUACUGUAUUACUUUAUUUUGUUCUUGGUUGUUGAUCAUUGUUAGGAGAAUCAUACGACGAAGAUAUGGCGGAGACAACUUAUGUUGAAGAGAUAACCUAGCUAAGGUUGCAACCAUAAAAUAAACUUGUGCUUUAAUUUUCAUUUAAUUUUUCAAUUGUGCUCUAAUAGUUUUGUAGUUUUUCUAAUUGUGCAAUAAAUUAUUUUCUAGCAUUUGAAAUAACUUGUAACAUGACAUGGUAUUGAAGCUUGCACUUCAGCUUGGGUCAUCUAUCAUAUCUAAUAAACAUACUACUAGAAUAUUAGAAUACAUUUAGUUUAGAUUAUGUGAAGCAUGCCAUAGUUCACAUUGCAUAAUUUUUGUUUCUAUGCCAUAUUUCACUCUUCUCAACCGGAUUUUGGGAAUAGCUCCUGAGACUCAGAAUAGGCUAUUUGAGUUAUUUGUGAAUAUCUUGGAUCUUCUUGUUCAAAAAGCUCGGAUUGAAGGUAACCUUGACACAGACAUUAUUGACUUGAAAGCUAAUGUCAUUAAACUGAAAAGGACUCCAAAAAAUGUCUAUGUUGAUCAAAUGAACGGGGCUUCAACUGUUCUGUACACAUUCAUCUUGGAUCGUGGGGUUUCAUGGGAGUUGGAAAAUACCAUGCUGAAUGAGAAGCAGAAAGCUAGAUUUGGCUCAUAUGGUGAUGGCUUCUACAAGUCCAAGAGGGAAUGGUUGGGAAAACGUCAUGUAAUUUUAGCAUUUCAAAGUUCUGCUCCGGCUAUGUAUAAGAUAGUUCGUCCCACUACCAGAGAAUCACCUCGGGAUAUGCAUCUGACAGAAUUAACUAGAAAAUAUUCAAAAGUUUCAUCUUUAGAGGCGGCCAAUUUACUAAGUUUGUAUAUAUUUAGUGUAGUUUUAAAAUGUUAUCUUUGACAUAGUUGUUAAUAGUUUUUAAUUUGAGAAAAUAAGAAUUAUCUAGUUAGAUACUUUUGUUGUGUUAUUUUUAGAGAUGUGGGAACUGUGGCAUCACCUAAUAAUUCCUUGCAUAUGACUUAUCUUGUGUUUUUGAUUUUGCAAUUACUCUAACCAUAGAUAAGAUGAGAGCAGUGAAAUUAUUCAUGCAAGUCAUACUAUUAGAAAAAACUGAACUAAUAAUAAAACAAGCAUAAGGUUCCUUUGCAAAUCUAAUUAUGCUAGUCCUAGAUAUUAGAAAUUGGUCAGGAUUGAAUAAGGGCAAAUGGGAUAAGAUUCCACUUUUACACUCUCUUAUUAAUCGAAAUAGGUCCUUAAUUAAGAUGGUUGAUUAUGUUUCUCUUAUUGGUAAUUUACCCUUAAUCGAAAUUGGUCAUGAUUGAAUAGGGGCAUGAAUUCUGAGUAAAUAUGUGGUUUUAGGUUCUAUUGUGUGACUGAAUUAUGGUAUGUUUAUUAAUGCUGGGUUGAAAGAAUAUUUAAACUUUAUAUUCAGUUCAUGGUAGGUGCUCUGCAUUUCAUUUCAUUUAUUUCAUCUGCUGCUUCGAUGUAUUUUGAUUUGUAAUCAAUGAAAUCAAAGUGCUGUUUAUUUGAUUUUUUUUUUAAUACUAACUUUUACUUGUAAUGUUCAUCGUG